AUGUUAGCAAACAAUUCUCUGAAAGUUACUAACACAACGGAACCUGAUUUAUCUUGCGACCGGACCGGCUUAGAGAUAACAUUCAUGGUACUGGAUAUCACUGCAAGUGCGAUUAUACUCUUCGGAAACUUCCUGGUGUUUGUAGCCAUACUAACCAGCCUCACCCUUCGGCCGCACCCCAUGAACCAAUUUCUGGCUUCGUUGGCAGUGAGUGAUAUGAUCAUGGGCGCAUUCGUUUCUCCCGUCUACUCUUUGUUCUGUAUAGGCUGUCUUGAGUAUUCCUUAAGCAAGUACUGCUGGCUCCUUGAAAGUGCAAAAGAUCUCGCUCUUGCGUCAAGUAUCUUAAAUCUACUGGCUAUUUCCUACGACCGCUGCUGUGCGGUGUAUUAUCCUCUACAAUACCAAAUUCUGAUGACCAAGAAAAGAGUUUACUCCAUUAUUUGCUUUAUCUGGGGAAUGACCUUUUUUAUUGCUGGAAUUCGCCACUCUUGGAUACACACAAAAACAGGAACUGAAUUGCAUACCAUCAACAGUCUUUACAACAUCUUGCUGAUUUUGUUCAUUUUUUUUCUCCCGUGCAUAAUAAUCACUGUGAUAAACCUUAAGAUCAUAAUGACCAUCAGGAAUCAGGCACGACAGGUCUUCUCAUUAAAAAACAUGCAUAGGCAAGAUGCAGAGGUUGCCAACCAAGAUGAUAUCCAAGAAGAAGUGACCCGAAAGCGAAAGGGCACCUUUGCAUGUGCUUUGGUUGUCCUGGUAUUUGUGGUUUCAUGGAUUCCACGUGUCAGCUUCAACAUCCAGUACAAAUUAAAAGGCGACCUUGGAGGGGUUAAUAUCCUUCUGCAGAAAUUGUCCAUCUUUUUCUUAACUGUCCAGUCAUCGGUAAAUCCAAUUAUUUAUUCCCUUUACAGAUCUGAUUUCCGUGAAGCUGUUGUUAAGCUGCUCAAAUGUAACACAAACUAA